AUGGACUUGCUAAGAGAACGAGCACAAGAUAUUCGCAAUUUAUAGAACAACUAAGUGCAAAUUAAGGAGAAGAUUAGAUAGAUAAUCGAAACCGAUUCCAUGAACCAAUUAUAUUAAGCUAAGAAACUCAAUUAGAAUGAUCUACUUCAAUUUCAGGAGGCCAUGAAAUUCACCCUUAAAAUAAUAGCAGUUAAUUUUGAGUUGCUCAAUCUGGAACCGACGUUGGCUUCAACCACUAAAAAUGUUACUGACCUCUAUCUAUACUACGGUCUUCCAUCAAAAGCAGAUCAGUUAUAAAAUGAAAUAUAUAACCAGAGCAAACAAACCAUUUUUUUGAUUUUGUUACAGCAUAUAAUUGACAUAACAAGAAUGGCCUUAGAAUUCACCAUCAAAAGAUAAACGAAUCUAAGGAUCUUUUGUGUGGGAAAGGAAAUCGAUAAGAAAAAAUCAACUUCCAAUCCUCCAAAGAGAUUGAAUUUCAAGAGUGUACAAAGAAGUGAGUCAAAUACAUAAGAAAAAGUCAUUUAGUCGAAACAAUCUAUACAUCAUUUUGACACAUAAUCACCAAAUGAAUCUCCAGCAAAGACCUAAAGAAUUCUAGAAGAAAUUUAAGCAACUUCAAGAGACAAUUCAGUUAUCAGAUGUCAUCAAAUAAGAUAAACUGAAAUAGUUACUAAAACUCUUCUACCGUGUAUUUACUAACCAAAAUUCAACUAAUAAUCUCUCUUUCGACAACUAAAACAAAGAAACCUCAGCAUUUAAAAUACUAUUUCAUCCUACAUUAAGUAAAUUAAUGACAAAAUUAUUACUGAUUUAUGA